AGGAAUGACCAACUGUCCCCAGUUCCCAGUGUCUCACUUGUAACCCCUGCUCUGUCCAGGAAUGACCAACUGUCCCCAGUUCCCAGUGUCUCACUUGUAACCCCUGUUCGGAUGUGAUCAUGGUAUGUGAACGAGUAUCCAACAAGUCACCACCUCCAAUAUCUAAAGCUUACUUAGAGACUGCCCUGGACUCUGAACUGAUCAGUGAGCGAGCUUUGAGAGAGGUGAUCCUAGAUGACGGACAGACUGACAAGAUAAUGCAGUUCCUAUCCUGUCCUAGACGUCGGAGAAGCUCGGUCUGUGCUGACCAUCUACUGAUUAAACAAAUCGGUCCUAGUUUAGGUUCCAAAUUGCUGGAAGAUACUCUGCGGGAGAUAAACAAAGUAGUUCAGCUCAAAACCUUCACUGAGCAGCCAGAGAUUCAGUCACCUCAGAGUUGCAGUGAGCAAGUUAAAGGUUGGUUUGCUACGCCGAACAAGGUCGUCUCCAGCCCUCCGGACCAACUCCACGGAAAGAGAACAACUCUAGGACUAGGAGGAUACAAACUCACCACCAGUAGAUCUCUCUUCCUUACAAUCGUGGCGAAGGAACGCUUCAAGGCGGCGCAUCCUACCCGCCAAAACAAGACAGCGUCUAAGAAAGUGGUACAUGGGUCGAGGGUUAAUACUCAGUCCUCAGAGGAGGAGGGGUUCACAGAAAUACCGCCCCUUGACAAAGUGCAGGAGCAUAUAGAACGAGUCAGGACCAUCAUGGGCCAGAGUCCCGUCACUCCCUCCGGACGACAGGACCUUUUCAGUUCCAGAGGAAGACGAGAACCAGAACCGAAAGCGAAACUAACCGCCCACAUGGUGUACAAAGUGCCGUUCCCUGCACUCAAGAGAAGACGAGACACGCAUCUUGCUGGAGAGAAAUACAUACAUUCUCUUAUUUUGGACGAUUGAGUUUAUUUUCAGUUGUAACCUGUAAAGUUACAACUGCACUAUUUGAUCAGGUCUAAGAUUCUCCAAUCGAGCAAUACAAGUCAAAUUGUUCAGAUGUUCAGGUCACGGAAAAGAAAAGAAAACACUUUGAUCUUAGUAGAAAACUGAAAUCAGAAUUUUGUAAUUUGAUUAGAGUGGCUGCUCUCAAACU